AUGAAUCUUCUUCAGCGUCUUGCGAUCAUCACAAUUCUUGUCAACCCGUUGACGACUGCCUUUGUCGAUUAUGGCUCAAUUGCACCUCAAUCACACCUACAGCAAUCUGCGCCCUCAUCAUCGGGCUUGAAGCCGUGGACGAAUGAAACCCUGAUCCUAUCGCCAGAUAGCCCACUCGUUACACUCGACUACGGCACUGAGGUAGCCGGCUUCCCGUUCUUCCACGUUUCAGCAAUUUCUGGAACGGUGCAGAUCGAAGUAAAGUACAGCGAAGAAUACCGUGGCGUGGAAGAGCCCUUCUCGGACGGGCCUUGGACAUUUUCGAAUGGACUAUCCAACUCCUUUCGAGUGGAAACUUUCAACGUCACGGAAACGGGAUACAUCGAGAGCUUCUUCGUCCAAGGAGGCCAACGAUGGCAGACUGCACGGUUGAUCACGAAUGGCUCCGUCACUAUUGAUCAUCUAGGACUUCGCGCAACAAGCUCUAACUUGGAUGCGGAAAUGCUACCAGGCCACUUACAGACAUCCGAUAAGAGUUUGAAUCGCGUCCUGGACCUCGGAGGUUGCGUCGCUCAAGUAGCAUGCGUAGAUGCCGGUAAUGCGCCGUCCACGUGGGAAAUCACAAAAGACGGAGCAUAUAUACGGGGCCAAACCAGUGCGCAAUCUUCUCUAGGAGUUGAAGCAGUCAAUUACACGCUAGAAUUUGACGUCAAGAUCGCCCGAGGCGGCGCUGGCUGGAGAGUAGCAAGUGCAAUGCCGCCAAUUGGGCCCUACUUUGUGCUUACGUCCGAAUACCCCGAGAGAAAUACGUUCGCAAACACCAACCGAACCCUCUUGCCUCCAAACACGCUGGCAUUCACUAGUGGAUGGAGUCUAGUAAACCAGAGCACACUACCCGUGCCGGAGGCCCAGUACUUUACUAUCAACACAACCAUCAAGGAGAACACGUGGUAUCGCGUGCGCACAUCAAUUGAGGAAACUGGAUAUCGGGUUAGCGUAAAUGGGACCGAGAUUGCGUUCGUACCUCUACCUCCACCUGCACCCCCCGGGAACUUUGGCACUCCCUCUCGAUACGAAGGUACAUGGGGCUUCGGAGGUAUGCAGGACCAGAUUGCUUAUCACAAAGACGUGACUGUCACUGCUGGAAAUGGCACUAUCAUAUAUCGCAAUCCCCUAACGAACGAAGAUACCUUAGCCGAGUAUCAGGUUGCGCCCUUAGAACACUCAGUCUGCCUUGAUGGCGCCAAACGGGAUCGCCUAGUCUGGACAGGAGACUUCUACCACACUGUGCGUGUUGUCGCAGCUUCAUCUGCUCGAUUUGACUACCUCUUGGGCACCAUCAUAUAUGCGCUGAGCUUUCAGCUUGAUGAUGGCCCGUACGCCGGCUUUACGCAAAUCUCUACCAACCUUGGAGCCCGCCCCCAGUACAAGGAAGCAAAUAUCGCAAACUACGCUGGGUUGGUGGACUACCAAGACCUAUUCUUGGCAGGAAUCGGCCAAUACUUCCGCUACACCGGAGACCGCGACGGGCUGAAACCUCACUGGGAUCAGAUCAAGAAACUUGCGACCGCGAGAUUGGCCUUUGUUGAUCCUUCAUCUGGUCUCAUUGGAGGUUCUCCGGAGGUGCCAUCGCCAUUCAGCUUCCUGGGGCCAGCCAACGGUACUGCGACGACCGGUCUCUUCGCUUACAUGCUUGAGGAGAUUGCGCCACUUGCGCUUGCGAUAGGCGACGAAGAGUCUUCGACACAUUACUCCCAAACAGCAAGCAAGCUGCGCGAGGCCCUCAAUCGUGAGCUAUGGAAUGAUCAGCUCGGAACAUACUCACUCUCAACCACCGAUCGAGGCAACUUCUCCUUGACCGGUAUCGCCUGGGCAAUCCUAUCUGGUGCAGCCAAUGACACCCAAGCAGCAUCUUCCAUUGCGAAGCUUGGGGAGCUUCGUUUCGCAGUAGGCUACAAGACUAUCUCGAGUGACGUGGAGACAGACGACUACCAACUUGCUCCCAAUCCAUCAGGCUUUCUGUUGGAAGCUCUAUUCAAGUCAAGGCGCGACUUCGGAGUGGACAGCACACCUGCCAUCAAGCAUCUGCUCGACAACCUGUGGGGUAGCAUGGUCAACAAGAACGAGUAUUACUCUGGCGCGAGCUGGGAAUACGUAAAGCCCGAUGGUUCUCCUGGCAUCGAUCUCUUCACUAGCUUAGCGCAUCCGUGGGGUGCAGCUCCGACGUAUGUACUGCCAGAGUACCUUCUUGGCGUCGCUUCAACCUCUCCCGGGUACGAAACGGUUCUUAUCACUCCCAUGAUAGGGUUCUUGAACCAGUCUGAAGUCACCGGGACGGUACCAACGCCUAACGGACCAAUCAAGGUGGCGUGGACGUUGAGCGGCACGAGCGUUGCUUUCACGGUUGUUAUACCGACUGGUACGGCAGCUACACUACAGUUGCCAGCUGGCGCGACUGCGGUCGGCAGGAGCUUGCGCAAUGGACAACUUGAGCUUCCUUGUGGAACGAUGGAAUUGAGAAUAGAUAUGGAGAGCGACUCAUAG